CCUUUCAAGGACCUGGGGAGGGAAGGCCAAUUAUCAGUCUGAAUGGGCAAAUGCAAAAUCUUGCACUGAAUGAUGCAAUGUCUAUGAUCACCUAAUCCCAAAUUCAUGCCGCCUUCUUGACCCAGACUGCGAUGGCCACACUUAUGAAUCCCUGUCCUUCUUCUUCAACAAAAAUCUUGCCUACCUCGUCCUUCACGCAUGGGACACAACUGUUUAGCAGGUUUGUCAUUGUACCUACAAAAACAGUCUCUGGGUCCAAAUGGAUUUCUAAUAUUCAGCUUGGAAUCCAUGCAAGAAAGCAUACCCACUUCAAAUCCUCCAAUGGGUAUCCACUGAAUGCUGUUUCUUUGCAGGACGGUGUAGCAGGAAAUUCUGUAGCCAAAGAACGUAUUGAUCCUCCGGGGAAAGAGAAACCAUCCUUCCCCAUAUCGGAAGAGGAAAAUGUAGACUCUACACUAAGCGUUACUGUUGUGGGAGCUUCAGGGGACCUUGCAAAGAAGAAAAUUUUUCCAGCUCUAUUUGCUCUUUUCUAUGACGAUUGGCUGCCUGAGAACUUCACUAUAUUCGGUUAUUCUCGAACUAAAAUGACUGACGAGGAGCUCAGGAACAUGAUCAGCAUGACUCUAACUUGCAGAAUUGACAAGAGGGAAGAUUGUCAAGACAAAAUGGAUCAAUUUUUGAGAAGAUGCUUCUACCAUUCAGGUCUUUACAACUCGGAGGAACAUUUUGCAGAAUUGGACAGCAAGCUGAAAGAGAAAGAGGCUGGAAAAGUGUCGAAUAGACUGUUUUACUUAUCAAUUCCUCCAAACAUAUUUGUCGAUGUGGUGAGGUGUGCUAGUCUUAGGGCUUCUUCUGCAAAUGGGUGGACUAGGGUGAUUGUUGAAAAGCCAUUUGGCCGUGACUCAGACUCCUCUGGUGAGCUAACAAGAUGUUUGAAGCAGUACUUAACUGAAGAUCAGAUAUUCAGGAUUGACCAUUACUUGGGCAAGGAGCUGGUUGAGAAUUUAUCGGUGCUCCGUUUCUCAAAUCUUGUUUUUGAGCCCCUGUGGUCGAGGAACUACAUCCGCAACGUGCAAUUGAUAUUUUCUGAAGAUUUUGGUACAGAGGGACGUGGAGGUUAUUUUGAUAACUAUGGAAUCAUAAGAGAUAUAAUGCAAAAUCAUUUGCUGCAAAUACUAGCCCUGUUUGCAAUGGAAACUCCUGUCAGCUUGGAUGCCGAGGACAUUAGGAAUGAAAAGGUGAAGGUUCUGAGGUCCAUGAAGCCACUGCAGCUUGAAGAUGUAGUAAUCGGACAAUAUAAAGGCCACAGCAAGGGUGGUAAAUCAAUUCCUGGCUACACAGAUGAUCCAACUGUGCCAAAAAACAGCCUGACACCAACUUUUGCUGCGGCUGCUCUUUUCAUAAACAAUGCCAGAUGGGAUGGGGUUCCUUUCUUGAUGAAGGCCGGGAAAGCUCUUCAUACUAGGGGAGCAGAGAUCAGGGUCCAGUUCAGGCAUGUUCCAGGCAACUUGUACAAGCGUAGCUUUGGAUCUGACUUAGAUAAGGCGACAAAUGAGCUUGUCAUUCGGGUGCAGCCUGAUGAAGCUAUAUAUCUCAAGAUCAACAACAAAGUCCCUGGGCUUGGAAUGAGAUUAGACCGCAGUGAGCUUAAUUUGCUUUAUCGCGCCAGGUAUCCGAGAGAAAUACCAGAUGCAUAUGAAAGGCUCCUUUUAGAUGCAAUAGAAGGGGAACGGAGGCUAUUUAUCAGAAGCGAUGAACUCGAUGCUGCUUGGUCACUAUUCACACCAUUGUUAAAGGAGCUUGAAGAAAAUAAGAUUGCCCCAGAGCUCUACCCCUACAGUAGCAGAGGCCCAGUUGGAGCACAUUAUCUUGCUGCAAAGCACAAUGUUCGAUGGGGCGAUCUCAGUAGUGAGUAGCAAGGACAAAGAGGUUGAAGCGAUGAUGCAUGAUACUUCUUCCAUUGUCACACGAGAGAAAUGGAUAUUUUCACUUUCAUGGUAUAACAUUAUUUGUACAUUAUUAUCUGUUAGUUUGGUGUGUAAGUGCAGUGUGAACUGUGGAUAGUUAUACGAACAACUAUAACACCGAGAAACAACGUAAUUUUUGGUUUUAAAAUGAUGAUAUGUAACCAUUUUGUACUA